AUGUUAAGAUUAUUUUAUAAGCUUCGGUAAUUUCAAUUUUCUACAACAUAAUUUGAUCCUUACGUUGAAUUAGGUCUCAAUUCUUCAGCAACUAUGUAAGAGAUCAAGGAUGCUUAUAUUAGAUUGAGUAAACAAUACCAUCCUGAUAUUAAUAAAUAACAUGAUUCUCAAGAAAAGUUUAAAAGAAUAGCUGAAGCUUACAAUAUUCUGAAGAAAACUAAAUUUGAAGAGUAAAUGAAAGAAGAGUUUAAAUAAUAAUACUAUUCUGCUUAAUCGGAAGAAUAAUUAUUUAUGGAUGUCUUUGGCUUCUAUUUUCAUGAAAAACCUCAAGAAUACUAUAAGCCUGAGAAUGCACAAAAAAGACACUAGUAUUAAGAAAUGCUAAAAAAAUUCAAGCGAUAAAACAAUUCAUCCUAGGAUAAUCAAUCAGAAUCUCAAUAUCAAAAACGAGAUUUCUCUGAUAUAAAGAUCAAUAGAAAAUUUGAGGGUCAUUAGGGGACUAAAACGAAUCCAUAGCAAAUAUACACAUUGAUUGCGAUUUGUAGCAUUGCAAUGGGUGGCAUUGCUUUUUAUAUAACAAUGUUGAGAAAGGCCCCAGAGUUGUAAAAAGAAGUGAUUAACAAUUAAUAAAUUAGUAUCUUAAGAUAAUAAACGUAAUUAAGACAUCAAUAAGAAAUAGAUAAUAUUAAAUAAAUGUACUCAAAUAUAAAUUAAACUAUGUUACGAUUCGAUCCCAAGUGCAAUUCUCUUGAUAUGCUAUUCAAUUAUACAAUAUUUCCUGAUCUAGAAUUUUACUAUGUAAGUCCAGAAUUAUUUUAUUCUGAUGAGAAAUUCUUUUUAAAAUCAAACCAAUUUGAAAAAAAUCCUAUGAGAAAAUCAAAAUUAAAUUACAGAAUUACUCACGCAAUAGAGGCAGAGAGAAGUUUAUAGAGUAUCUUUGUGCCUGUUAAAGAAGUCUUGAACUAAAUAGAAUUAAAUGGAGAAUAUACACCUCCAGGUAUCUUUAUGCAAUUUUAUGGUUAUCUGUAUUUCAAAAUCAGACGCAAACCUAUUAUUAUAGAAAAUUUAAUAAAAUCAAAAGAAUAUAUAUCUCUAUUUGACCUUUAUUUUCAUUACUAAACUCCUUUACCCUACUACUAUGAUACCCUCAAUGAAUUUCAAAUAUUCAAUGAUGCAGGCAAUACACUCAGUCAUUGGGAAGGGAAUGUUUAUUUUAGUACUAAGUCAUUAGACAGAUUUUACUUAAAAGGGAAUGUCAAGAAUAUAUUUAUGCAAAGACCUCUAUAGGGUAGUGAAACAGAAUAAAUGUAUAUGUUGGCAUGGGGAAAUCAUUUCGAACAUUUUUAAACAUGA